UAUCGCUACCACUUCCGCCCCCACCCCACCACCAUGCAAGCCCUGCAGUCCCCGUCUCUCCGACCAUCCCCUCUAACCCCACUCCAUAAAAACACUCACAAUGCAGCAAAACCCCCAACUAAAAGGGUCUCCUUUAUCACCGCAUCAUCAACAAAUAACAACACGACGAUUUCAGCUCCAAAGCGAGAGAAAGACCCCAGAAAAAGGGUAGUCAUAACUGGUACGGGUUUGGUAUCUGUGUUUGGGAAUGAUGUCGAUACUUACUACGAUAAAUUGCUUGCUGGAGAAAGUGGGAUCGGACUUAUUGAUAGGUUCGAUGCGUCUAAGUUUCCUACUAGAUUUGGUGGACAGAUCAGGGGGUUUAAUUCACAAGGUUAUAUUGAUGGGAAAAAUGAUAGAAGGCUUGAUGAUUGUUUGAGGUAUUGCAUUGUUGCUGGUAAAAAAGCUCUUGAGCAUGCUGAUCUUGGUGGUGAUAAGUUGUCUAAGAUUGAUAAAGAGCGAGCUGGUGUGCUUGUUGGAACAGGGAUGGGUGGUCUUACAGUCUUUUCAGAUGGUGUUCAGGCCCUAAUUGAAAAAGGACACAGGAAAAUUACCCCAUUCUUUAUUCCUUAUGCUAUAACAAACAUGGGAUCUGCCUUGUUAGCUAUUGAACUUGGUCUCAUGGGUCCUAAUUAUUCAAUUUCAACUGCUUGUGCUACCUCCAAUUAUUGCUUCUAUGCUGCUGCCAAUCAUAUUCGCAGAGGUGAGGCUGAAUUGAUGAUUGCUGGUGGAACUGAAGCCGCCAUCAUUCCAAUCGGUUUGGGAGGUUUUGUAGCAUGUAGGGCCUUAUCACAAAGGAAUGAUGAUCCACAAACUGCCUCAAGGCCAUGGGACAAAGAUCGAGAUGGCUUUGUUAUGGGUGAAGGUGCUGGAGUGUUGGUAAUGGAGAGUUUGGAACAUGCAAUGAAAAGGGGUGCACCAAUAAUUGCUGAGUACUUGGGAGGUGCUGUUAAUUGUGAUGCUUAUCACAUGACUGAUCCAAGGGCUGAUGGACUUGGGGUCUCUUCCUGCAUUGAGAGAAGUCUUGAAGAUGCCGGUGUGUCACCUGAGGAGGUUAACUAUAUAAAUGCACAUGCAACUUCCACUCUUGCUGGUGACCUUGCUGAGAUAAAUGCUAUUAAAAAAGUAUUCAAGAAUACGUCUGACAUCAAAAUCAAUGCAACCAAGUCUAUGAUAGGACAUUGCCUUGGUGCUGCUGGAGGUCUGGAAGCAAUUGCCUGUGUGAAGGCCAUUACCACAGGAUGGUUGCAUCCUACAAUUAAUCAAUUUAACCCAGAGCCAUCAGUUGAAUUUGACACUGUUGCCAAUAAGAAGCAGCAGCACGAAGUGAAUGUUGCCAUUUCAAAUUCCUUUGGAUUCGGUGGACACAACUCUGUGGUGGCCUUUUCUGCAUUUAAACCCUGAGAGCAUGACCUUCUUCUGCAUUCGGGCCGCGGUCAUUUACAUUUACCAUGGCCUGCAUUUCUUGUAGGAACCACUGGAGAGUUGCUUGCUUAUAGACAGAGUCAUCGACAUCACUUCCCCCUUUUAGCUUUUUGAGCUGCUGAUAGUAGUCAGUUUCUCAUUUCAGU